AAAAAGGAGAAGAACAGGUACAAACUGGAAACUCGAUAGGAGAUACGGGCUAACAAGCUGGUUUUCAAGAAAAAGCAGGAGAGAAGCCUGAAGAUAAAUCGUCUGGUUCCCCCUCAGAGAGACUUCGUGAGGAAGAAACAGUUUGCUGUAGGCUAUUAAAUCCAAGAAAUCGGAGUGUCAUCUAGUUGUGAAACAAGCCCUCUGAAGGUUCACCGGGGGACGACGGGAAACUAUUUCCACCUGAUUUUUAAGAGGGGAAUAGACCCACGGUUUAAGGUACGAAGACGACAGAAGAAGUUCGCCGUUCUGGUUCGGUAUGUUGGCGUUUUGCUUGAUAAGUGCCGUGUGGCUCGCGGCAAGUCCGGUCCGCGCUCAGAACGAGACGGAACCAAUCGUCCUGGAGGGGAAGUGCCUAGUGGUGUGCGACUCCAACCCGACCUCGGACCCCACGGGCACGGCACUCGGGAUCUCGGUGCGCUCGGGCAGCGCCAAGGUGGCGUUUUCCGCAGUACGGAACACCAACCAUGAGCCCUCCGAGAUGAGCAACCGAACCAUGGUCAUCUACUUCGAUCGGGUUCUAGUAAACGUUGGGAGGAAUUUUGACGAGGAGAGAAGUAAUUUCAUCGCGCCGCGCAAAGGGAUUUACAGUUUUAACUUCCAUGUAGUGAAAGUCUACAACCGCCAAACUAUACAGGUGAGCCUGAUGCACAACGGCUGGCCGGUCAUUUCUGCGUUUGCAGGCGACCAGGAUGUGACGCGCGAGGCGGCCAGCAAUGGUGUUCUGAUCCAGAUGGAAAAGGGAGACCGGGCCUACCUCAAACUGGAGAGAGGAAACCUAAUGGGAGGAUGGAAAUACUCCACCUUCUCUGGCUUCCUGGUGUUCCCCAUGUAGA